GACCAACACAUCAUCUCUCAGAUACAAAAAGAAAAGAAGUCCUCCCAACUCCAAAGCCCAAGAGAGCUAGAGAAACGCAGAGGUGCAACAGGUGAUCAUGAGUAGUACGGAUACAGUUAAGGAUGAUGAUCUUCCUGGAUUUCGGUUUCAUCCCACAGAUGAAGAACUUGUUUCCUUUUAUCUUCGUCGGAAGAUCGAGAAGCAGCUAAUCAGUCUUGAAUUCAUCAAGCAGAUUGACAUCUACAAAUAUGACCCCUGGGAUCUUGCAAAAAAUAACAAUACUGUUACAGACAAGGAGUGGUACUUCUUUUGCAAAAGAGGGAGAAAGUAUAGGAAUAGCGUAAGACCGAAUAGAGUCACGGGGUCUGGAUUUUGGAAGGCAACAGGCAUAGACAAGCCAAUAUAUUCAGCUGAAGGACAAGGCCAUGGCUGCAUUGGACUCAAGAAAUCACUAGUAUACUACCGCGGAAGUGCAGGAAAAGGAACCAAAACUGAAUGGAUGAUGCAUGAAUUUCGCCUCCCAGCAGACCAAAAAAAUGCCCAGGCUGCUGAUGAAGAAGUUGAAAUAUGGACACUAUGUAGAAUUUUGAAGAGAAAUAUGUCAAGUAGGAGUGCAAGACCGGGUUGGAGAGAUGCAUCUGCAAAACGCAAUCCAACGAAUACCAGACCUAAAAUAUGCAAUGUGGAUUCGGACAACUGGGAAGGUUACACUAGUUUUGGAGCUCCGGUGGGUGCUCAUAAUGAGAAGAAGCCUGUUCAUGGUCACAAUGUAGAAGAAAGGAAUCAGUUGCAUGUAGGUUCAGAGCCAGAGUCAUGCUCAAGUGUUUUGGGUAAUGAGGCUAGGGAAUUCUUCACACAUGGAAACUGGGAUGAGAUAGUAUCAGCCAUGGAGCAUGCUUUCGAUCCAAAUCAUCUGUAAAGAAAAAUAUGCAGUUGAAUUUGGUAUCAAGAUAUACAACUUGUAUGUUUCAAAGUAGGGGCCAACACAGGCGUGUUGCUGCGCUAUGUUGGCUCUCACCCUUACGCAUUUAGGUCUUUUUCCCUUUGGAUGGAGCACCUACUGAUAUUCGAAGACCUAAAACCCUAAAUAUUCUUCCGAUGUAUUUAGUCCAAUGGAAUUCAUAAAAGAAGCCCUAUCAAAUAGGAAGUUUUCUUUACGCUUUAUUUUGACUGUUUAUACAACUACAUUAAAUGAUACUAUGCCCUUCAUCUUGAAA